CGCACCCGGUCAGUUUGCCCAUGUCGCUCAAGCUGGACGUGAACCGGAUCCUUCUGGCCCGGUCGGACCGGGUCAAGUGCGUGGAUGUGCACCCUACCAACCCAUGGGUUCUAUGCGCUCUGUACUCUGGAAAUCUCUAUGUCUGGGACUAUACCACAAACAAGCUGGUCAAGACGUUUGAGAUCUCGGAGCUUCCAUGCCGGACGGCGCGGUUCAUUGCGCGGGAGAACCUUGUGGUGGCGUCUGCAGACGACCUGCGGCUGGUGGUGUUCAACUACAAUACGCACGCGCGUGUGGCGACGCUCGAGGCUGCGCACGCCGACUUUAUCCGCGGCCUCGCAGUUCACCCGACGCUCCCGCUGGUGCUGUCUUCGUCGGAUGACAUGCUCAUCAAGAUGUGGAACUGGGAGAAGGACUGGGAGUGCACGAUGGUGUUUGAAGGCCAUGCACACUACGUCAUGGACGUCAAGUUCAACCCCAAGGACAGCAACACCUUUGCGUCGGCCUCGAUGGAUCGCACAGUCAAAGUGUGGAACCUCAACUCGCCGCAGUGCAACUUUACACUCUCGGGCCACACCAAGGGUCUCAACAGUGUCGACUACUUUGCGGGCGGUGAGAAGCCGUACCUGAUCACUGGCGCCGAUGACAAGACCGUCAAGGUGUGGGACUACCAGACCAAGACGUGCGUGCAGACGCUGACCGGCCACUCGCACAACGUGCCGGCCGUCGCCUUCCACCCGACCCUCCCGCUCAUCCUCACCGGCUCGGAGGACGGUACCAUCCGCAUGUGGCACUCGUCGACGUACCGCCUCGAGAACACCAUCAACUACGGCCUCGGCCGGGUGUGGUCGAUCCAGUGCGACCCGUCGUCGAACAAGAUUGCCUUUGGCUUUGACGAGGGCACCACCAUGAUCUCGCUCGGCCGCGAGGAGCCUGCCGUCUCCAUGGACGGAACCGGCAAGAUUGUCGUCGCCAAUCACAACAAGGAGGUGUACGGCCUGUCGGUCAAGGGCGUGGCCGAGAGCGUGGAGGAUGGCGACAUGCUGCCACUCCCGUCGCGCGACCUUGGUACUUGCGAAGUCUACCCGCACGCUCUGGAGCACUCGCCCAAUGGGCGCUUUGUCUCGGUCUGCGGCGACGGCGAGUACAUCAUCUACACCGCCCGCGCGUGGCGGAACAAGGAGUUUGGCUCGGCCCUCGAGUUUGUGUGGUCCACCGACUCCACCGAGUAUGCCAUCCGCGAGACCUCGUCGUCCAUCAAGAUCUUCAAGAACUUUAAGGAGCGCCUGAACUUCAAGACCGACUUCUCCGUCUCCAAGACCUUUGGCGGCCACCUCAUUGCCCUCAUCACCUCGGGCGCCGUGUUCUUCAUGGACUGGGCCACCGGCGGUGUCAUCCGCAAGAUUGACACCGUCCCGACUCUUGUCGAGUGGUCCGAGUCUGGCGAGUACGUGACGCUCGCCACCGACGACGCCUUUUUUGUCCUCCACUACAACGCCGACGCCGUUGCCGCUGCCGCCGCCGCCGGCUCGGCCCACCCGGUCGAGGGCGUCGAAGGCGCCUUUGACGUCGUCUUUGACUCGGCCGAAAAGGUGACGUCGGGCGUGUGGGUCGGUGACUGCUUCAUCUACACUAACUCGCUCAACCGCCUCAACUACUGCGUCGGCACCGAAGUCGUCACCCUUGCCCACCUCGACAAGGCCAUGUACCUGCUCGGCUACCUUGCCAAGGACAACCGCCUCUACCUCAUGGACAAGUCGGUCAAGGUUGUUUCUUACGUCCUCAACCAGUCGGUCCUCGAGUACCAGACCGCCGUUCUCCAGGGUGAGCUGGAAAUUGCUGCCGAGCUCCUUCCGGCCAUCCCGGACGAGUACCACAACCGCAUUGCCCGCUUCCUCGAGUCGCAGGGCCACGUCGAGCUGGCCCUCGCCGUCUCGCAGGAUCCGGAGCACAAGUUUGACCUUGCCGUCUCGCUCGGCCGCCUCGACGAGGCCCGCAUCAUCGCCCUCGAGGACGAGACAGAACUCAAGUGGCGCCAGCUGGCCGACCUCUCGCUCAAGUCGUGGAAGUUUGACAUGGCUCAGGAGUGCAUGGAGCGUGCCGGCAACCUCACCGGCCUCCUCCUCCUCUACACCUCGACCGGUGACGCCGCGGGCAUGACCAAGCUUGCUGCGACCGCCAAGGACGCCGAGCAGCACAACAUUGCCUUUGCUGCCAUGCUCCUCACCGGUGACGUCGACGGCUGCAUCGACAUGCUCCUCGACACCGGCCGCCCGUCUGAGGCCGCCUUUAUGGCCCGCACCUACCGCCCCUCGCGUGUCUCCGCCAUCGUCGACACCUGGCGCGAGGACCUGGCCAAGGUCAACGAGAACGCCGCAAAGGCCCUCGCCGACCCCAUGGAGUACGAGAACCUCUUCCCCGACAUCCGCCAUGCCCUCAAGGCCGAGGCCUGGUUCGCUGCCAACGCCGCGGCCUCCUCCCCCUCCAUCGCCUACACCGAGCGCAUUGCGGAACUGGCCCGUGACAUUGUCGCCGAGGCCCGCCAGGGCGCCUUUGACGGCCCUGCUGCCUCUAUUCCCGAGCCGGUUGCCGAGCCCGAGCCGGUUGCCGAGCCCGAGCCGGUUGCCGAGCCCGAGCCGGCUGCCGAGCCCGAGCCGGUUGCCGAGCUCGAGCCAGUUCCCGAGCCGGUCAUCGCUGAGCCCGUCGCCGAGCCCGUCGCCGAACCCGUCGCCGAGCCCGUCGCUGCUGAGCCCGUCGCCGAACCCGUCGCCGAGCCCGUCGCCGAGCCGGUGGCCGAGCCCGUCGCCGAGCCCAUCGCCGAACCCGAUGCUGAUGCCGUCGACUUUGAGGACGCACUGGGUGACGUCGAUGAGGCUGCUGCCGCCGAGGCGCUCGAGUGGGGUGUCGAGGAUGACGACGACGCUGGCCUCGACGACUGGGAAUGA